AUGACCCUCUUUAAUCUUUCUAGAGAGAGAAUAGAAAGAAAUAUACUUAACAUAUCAUUGAUCAUUCUUCUAAUUUGCUAAGAAUCAAGAGCUGAAACACUGAAUGAUGCAAUUUAAGAUAAUUGUUCUCUUAAUUAUGGAGAUAAUUUACUUUAAUAAAUUAAAACUUUUGCUUCAUAAACAUAUACGUGCUAUUAUUAUCACGAAGCUGUUGAGGAUUACAUCAAAAAUUUCAAUAAAAUAGGUGAGGAAAAGCAGAAUGUUUAUAUGAUUUAUAGCUAUUUCGAAACCAAUCAUGAAGCUCAACCAAAGCUUGAAUACGCUCGAGUUUCUUUAACAUAAUACAUACUAUACAAAAAAUUAUCUGAAUAAACAUCUAAUUGUGGAGAUAAAAAUAUUGCAGCAAGAUUAGGUACAUAUGAUAAUUGCUUAUUUUGCAUGGGAAGAACAGUAUGUGAUGAAAGAAAAAAAGAAAUUAAUUCUUAACUAUAAGAAAGAUUUACUCUAAUCAAUCGUAAUAACACUGAUCCGGACUUUUGGACUGGGACUAAAGUGUAUGUUGAAUUAUUUUAAAUUCUUUGGAAUUGUAACAAUCCUAAUGAUUAACUCUAAAUAACUGGAAUUUAUGACGAGUUGACUGAAAGCAAGCUUUUAUAAACUGAUGUAAACGGGUUUGAGAAUGUAUGCUGGAAUUGUAAUGUUCAAAACUGUGUUGUUUGCUCAAAUGACUAUGAAUAAUGUGUUUCAUGUAAAGAAGGGUAUUUUUUGAAAAAUAAUGUUUGUACUCAAUGUUCUAUGAGCAACUGCUCCAAUUGCGAUUAUGAUUCUAAUAAAGAUUUGGUAUUUUGUAACUAAUGUCAUUAGGAUUUUUACUUGCUUUAAGGAAUGUGCGUUGAAUAAUGCCCUGAGGGAUAUCAUGUUGUAGAUAAUGAAUGUUUAAAAUGCUAACCUGGUACUUUUUAUUCAAACAAGGAAUGCCUUGAUUGUUCUAAAUUCUGCUAACAAUGCACUGGUCCUCAUCCUUCUUAAUGCGAAGAAUGUUCAGAUGGCUUUAUUUUAGAAGAAGGAAAAGGAUGUUCUCUCAACGACUUUGAUUUAACACCAACUUUCAAAGCUAAGACAUUUAUAGAUCCUAGAACUAAUACUUUGAAAGAAUGCAAUUUUUCAUGCGAUGAAUGUAUUGACUCUUCUGAUCUUUGUAUUAAGUGCAAUCCUGAUCUAAAAUAUUUUGUGAAAGAGGGAGAGAGAUAAAGAUGUUAUAAUAGAUGUCCUCUUUAUUAUUAACCUAAAUUGACUGGCAAUGAUUUUAUUGAAUGCGAAAUCAGUUAAAGCUACACUUCUGAUUUAAUUGCUGCUGACUAAAUCAAAAAAGAAGCCAGUAGCAGAUGUCCUAAAUAAUAAUAUUGGAAUAUUUCAACAAAAUAAUGCAAUAAAUGCACAAAUAAUUGUAUUAAUUGCUAUGAUGAUUCUUCUUGUAUUGAAUGCGAGCCAACUUAUUACUGGAAUGAUAAUCGCAAAACUUGCUCUCCAUGUCAUCCAUCUUGCUAAAAAUGCUCUGGACCUCUUUAAAAUAAUUGCUUGACUUGUGCUACUGGUAAUAAAAUAUUCCCAGAUAACAAUGGAAAAUGUGGUGACUUUGUAUCUAAUCCUUUACCAUAAUCGAAUAUCCUUUCUCAAAAUGAGAUAUAUGGAAAUUUGUAAAAUUGCAAAUAGUUUUUGCCACCAACUUCAUAGCAAAACUAUGCUGUAGAAUUUUCAUAAAUAUAUUAAAGCAAUGAUCCAAAAUGGAAAGAUGUCAAAAUGAUGUCUAAUUUAAAGCCAUGCACGUUCUAAGAAUUCAAAAACCGUUAUAAAUACCUCAAAAAUAGUGACUAAACUUGUAAUGACAAUGAAAUUUCUUAAUCUACUAUCGGUAAAAAUGGAGAUUUAUUGACUAUCUACUCAAUACUUUUAUCUUAAUCUGGAGCUUAAAUAUCUAAUACAGGUACUGAUGUAAAUCCUCAAACACUAGCAGAAUAUGCAAUUAAUAAUAAUUUGUUCAGUUCUAGCUAUAUAUUUAGACCAACCCCGAAUUUCAGCUGUAAUCAACUGUAUUGUCUUUCAUAAUUAGAUAGUUUAGUAGAUGGUUUUACUUCAACUGAUAGCUCUAAAGGAAUCACUGUCUAGACACUGAAAGAAAUAGUUCUAACCUCUACAAAGUAGACCCCAUUAAGUUGCUUUUAAUAGAGCUAGAAUGUUAAUUAAAACACUAUUUAUGAAAUAGAGCAGCUCGUUAAUAACUCUAAAUACACGUUGAAUACAACAACAAAGUAAUACUUUAUUUUGUAUUUGUGCGGAAAAGAUUUAGAUGGAAAUGCUGUUUAAAGAGCUAUGCUUGUGCAAAAGUAUUUAGGAAAUGCUUUCUUUGAGGUUUUGAAUGUAAACAAUUCGUAGAUAACAUAAGCUGAGAAAAUAAGUUUGUACGGUGCUUCAACUGAAUAAAAUGCGUACUUAAAGAGGUGUGAUUCUUAAUUAACAAACUCUCUAAGUUCUUACGUAGUCUAAAAAAUUAGAGUUAUCUAAGUAGUUGAGUAAGAUACAAGUAUAGAUAAAACUGAUUCUAUGUUCUAGGAAUAUAAUGAAAAGGUUGGUCCAGUAUAAAACUCUGCUAAAUGCACUUGUGUUGAAACAAAAGAUUACAUUUUAGCUAAUGAAAAUUAAGGAAAUCAAUUUAUCAGAGUAAUUACUCCUCAGAAUAAGAUUUUAACUCAGUCUAUUGAUGCAUUUGAAAUAAAUAACAUUUUGAAAAAGUACAACAAAGAUGCUAAUGUAAUGAAGGCAAAUGGUCUAUCUAUAACUAAAAUAGAAGCUGAACAAAUAUUCAAAGAAUAUAUUGAAUAAACAAAACAAAAUACUUAGAAAUGCUUUGGUUUGACUAACUCAGCACCUCUUUGCAUAGUCAAUGUUUUGGCAGAUAUGAUAUUCUCAAACUAAUAAAAAUGCAAUUCUAAUAGUGAAAUCAUUAAUCUUUUGAAGAAAUCAGAUUUUAACGCGCUUAAAGAUUUUAUAAAAAAAUAAAAUUGGUGUAAUCUUAACAGUGAAAGGUGCUUGAAAGCUCAAUAAACCAUUAAAAGUUGUCUCUGA